GAAUGUUUCGCGAUCGCUUCCAAGAGUCCGAGGCCGCGAACACGUGGGUUUCCCAAUCCCCUGCUAGUGUCGUACAUCCCAGCGCGUCUGAAGUCCUGCCUGUGUCAAAGGUACCAAAAAAAGAUACAACGUAUGACUAUAUCGUCUUCUCCUACCAUAUACCACAAGCAGUAGGUAUCUUAUACCCCGCCAUCAAUUGGAGCAGCAUUUCCGUCCAAGAACAGCUAGCUCCCGGUACACACCGGUCUCGGAAUUCGGGUGAACAGGUGUGGUGUGGACCCAUUGGAUCGUUCACGGAUACGGCACGGCGGUUAUAGAAAGCUGCUCCCGUCGGCUCUGUCAUCCGUUUGCCGGGUUAGGGGCGGAAGUGAAAUUAUACAUAAUGUCAACCUUUGCAGGAUCGAGUGGCACCUCGUCUGGUCGUGAUUUCUCGAACCUGUCCGUCAACGGGCAAAACGCUCAUUUUUCAAAAGACACACAUUACGAUGGAGGACGGAGACGUGCAGCGAGCAAAAGUGUUCGCCACUACCCUCUCGAUCUUCCAGGUCUGUCGUUUGAAAAGUAUGAACAUCGGCGACUGGGCAUCCGUGAGGUGCUGGUCAGUCGCCUCGUGGACGACAUAAUGGGCUCGACGAGGGCAACUUAUGCUGCCAAGGAACUGGAAAUGCGCAGUACUGUGAACUCUCCAGUCACGCCUGACACAUUCCCGACUAUGGGUGAGAUGAGGCAAGCUUUGGAGCUUGAGCGCGACCUUUGGCUUCUUGAAGACAUGGCUCACACAAAGCCAGCAUACAAGCAACCGCGAGACGCGCACUUGAGCAGGCAGUGUGGCCGGCGGGAACUGAACGGCGCAACAGAUGCUUCCCCUUUGCCAAAGGCAUGGACCUUGUGUGACACGAUUUUGGAUUUAGUACAAAGACACUAUAUUGAGGUGGAUGAAGCAGCCACAAGGCAAUGGUUCCGCAUCAUGCGACUCCCACAGGGUCCGAUACAGCCUUUCACACCAAAGCCCCCGACCCCAGGGGCACUGGCCGAUCCCACGAGAACUGUGAGCGCAACUCCUCGUACCAAGCCACGUCGAGGUACACGUGCUGCGGUUGUACAGUCUUGUGAGGCUAGGCGCAAUCACAGUCGCGUGCAAGAUCGAGCUGCACACGUCUCCGCCGACGGCCUCAGGUAUCACCGACAGUCCCUGGAGAGGUUUGCCAAAACCCAGGAUAGUAUGCGUCUAUACGACGGCGGUGCAGUAAGGCCAUGGAACACUCAGGUACUCGACUUUAGCCGUUCAAUUACUGCUCAUCAAAUCAGCAUGAUCGGUCAUGAGUCGAUAACGCCCAUGUGGCCGCACUCCCGCGUCCUCAGGCGCUUCAAGGUCCGCGUUGCGUGGAAACACCGCCGCAAACUAAGGGACCCCCUAUUUGUGACAGCUCACCCUCCCUUCAGCCCGGAUCGAUCUCGUGGGCCCUUCAGAUACUAUGCGCAGGAUGGCAAGUUGGACAACCCAACCAAUAGGAAGCGUUCACUUAGCGAGCCUCCGCCCGGCAUGUUUGCGCAUGCCAAGCUCCCGCGACCAGCGCACCACGGUCCCGUAAUCGAAAUGGAGAUUGCAUACCCGCGUUUGUCGCUUUCCCAGAUAGAUCGGCGUUCCAGGCGGAGAAGUCUUGACCAUGGAAACAUUCAGGAUAUGCUGGGCGGCGUGCCCAUCCGAGGCGACCGAACCCUGGCUUACCAUUCGUCUGAUCGACAAAUGGAUCUGGCAGGAAACGAUGGUGGCAGCUGCGCGCGUGGUCUGCAGGACCCUUGCCCCUCGAGUGUCCAAAAAAGGCGGCCAGGACAAGCCAAAGGACCGAUGAUAGUACAGAGAGGUGUCUGGUGCCCUACUUGUGACUCUUUCCAUCCACUCUCGGACCUUCACAAUUUGACGCUCGAGGCGGGUCCCGUUCAAACAAUCCAUCACUCGAUGGAUGAAAUUGGCUUGGUCACGAGCUCCAGGUGGCCUGGGCAGGAAGAAAGACUCGGUGACUUUCGGAGCUGGAGUGACGCAUUACCUCCCACGGAACCUUUAUUGACCAUGAUUUGCUCCAACUGCACCGGGAAAGAUCACCUGGAAUCAUCUUGCGUUCUUCGCUGUGGUCACUGCGGCGCUCUCGGUGAUGAUGUAAACCCAUUGGACCGGGAGCGACCCAAUUUCCAAAUCGUUCGCUCUCAGCCGCCUGCUUUACCUUCAAGGUAUCAUCAUGCGCACGAUUGCGAGGUUCCCAAGAGGAACCGGUGUAAAUGUGUCUCUUUCCCGACCUUUCACACCGCGAAAGACUGCACCGUCACAUGCUCCCGGCCCUGUGGGAACCCCUGGCCACCGGGUCAUUUCAAGCAUAGAAAUGCCAUGACUUGCACAAACCGAUGCUGCAUGUGCGGUAUACGCGGUCAUGCUGGCAAGGACUGCCACUUGACAAAAGAUUCCUGCUUGUGCGGAGCACACCACCUCGGCCAAGACUGUGGCUGGAAGCCAGAGUGUCGCGUCCCCGGGUGCGACCGAUACCACUGCAGAGUCCACUGCCGUCGUUGCGCCGCCCUUCGGACUCCAAAGGGCACCAGGCCCGACCCCGCUCUCCGCUUCCGACUUUGUGCCGAGUGCACGGCGGUAGAGAUCAAGCAAGAAGAGGAACAACAUGCCGCAGACGCCACUGCCAUCUGGUCCAGGCUAGUCGCCGAUGCCGACGUUCGAUACCGUCAGAUGGACCAGAACCCAGCAAUGCUUGUCGAUUCGCCGUUUGAGCUGUUCCGGGAGACGCUCACGCGAUUGAAUGUCGGCCAGCUCCGCGACCUGUUUUGGCCCGGCCAGGUGGAUCUGCCCACGGGCGAGUCCAACUAUGUCAAUUUCCAGAUAUCGCAGCUGCGGUAUGGUUGUCGCAAGAUGAGCAAGCUUUUUUUCAUCUUGGUGGAUGGCCAAUAUCCGGUCGAAACUAUAGUGUUUCUUCAGACCGCUAUGGACUGCGCGGCGAAAGAGAAGCGAGCAUCGAUGCAUGAGGAUGGGGCAAAGGACAAACAGAUUGCUGAGAGAUAGACGGCUGAUUCGAUGAUAACGUGUGGUGCUAAGCCUUAUAUUCUUAUUCUUUGACACAGAAUUACAAUGUCGGAGCAAACACGGUUAUCUUCAUGGCGCAUCAGUGGUGAAACCCUUUCUUGUCUUUUCACUAUGUGAAGGCUGAUAUUGAUAUAUACACGCAACAAAAACAAUCGUUGCUGAUAUGAACAAAACAACCCUUGUUGAAUUUACAGCCCAGACUUCAAAAAAGAUAACCACCCAUUGAAGAUGAAAAAAAACAAAACAAAAAAAAGCAGGCUAAAGCGAGCAAAACGCUAUUGCGUGCGUAUGAAAGCAACGUCCAGGUAUCUUUUGAUGGGUAAACACAAAGAAAACUCAAACAUUUUGGUACGCGUAUUUGGUAGAUGCCAAAUAAAUAAAAGGGGUAUUAAGACAAUACUAAUGGUUGUUUGGUAUCAAAG